AUACUCAGUGUGACAGCAGACAAUGCAUCAUCAAACGAUACUCUCGUGACAGAACUCGUAGAUCUGGUGCCCCACUUUGCGGGUCAGGCAAGUCACACACGAUGUUUCUUGCAUAUCAUCAAUCUUGUUGCUAAGUCCCUGUUACAUGAGUUCGAC